CCCACGGGAGUCUCCUUGCAGCAGCCGUCCGAGUGCAGAGUCCGGAGCUGCGGCGGCGUAAGUCAUGGCUGGACAAGCUUUUAGGAAGUUUCUUCCGCUAUUUGACAGAGUAUUGGUUGAAAGGAGUGCCGCUGAAACUGUGACCAAAGGUGGCAUUAUGCUUCCAGAAAAGUCUCAAGGAAAAGUAUUGCAAGCAACGGUUGUGGCUGUGGGAUCAGGCGGGAAAGGAAAGGGUGGAGAGAUUCAGCCUGUCAGUGUGAAAGUUGGAGAUAAAGUUCUUCUCCCAGAAUAUGGAGGCACCAAAGUAGUACUAGACGACAAGGAUUACUUCUUAUUUAGAGAUGGCGACAUUCUUGGAAAGUAUGUCGACUGAAAUCACUGUUGAAAUGGUGUCACAUGAAGCUGCCCAUUCCACUGAUAUUCUGAACUAUUUCAUCAUGUAAAUAAUUUCCAUGCCUCCCUUUUAUAAUAAACGGAUGAUGCCUAAACUG